GCUCGGCGGCCAAUCAGAGGCCGAGUUUGGGUUUGUUGUCGGUGGCGAUGACAUGAAAAUAUUUGUUGUUACUGGAAAGAGAGCGAGGCAGGCGAGAGCGCGCAGGAACGGCCGUUAACGAUCAUUUACGCAUCGCACCAGUUCAAAGCACGGAGAUUUCCGUCGACGGGAGUCGCGAUUAGCGGCGAUGUCGGUGAACAUGGACGAGCUGAGACAUCAAGUGAUGAUAAACCAGUUUGUUUUGACUGCGGGCUGCGCGGCGGAUCAGGCGAAGCAGCUGCUGCAGGCGGCGCACUGGCAGUUCGAGACGGCUCUGAGCUCUUUUUUCCAGGAGGCCAAUAUCCCCAGUCAUCACCAGAUGAUGUGCACUCCAAGCAACACUCCCGCCACCCCUCCCAACUUCCCCGACGCCAUCACCAUGUUCUCCAAACUGCGUACGUCUGAGUGCUCGGGCACCGGCGGUGGCGGAACCUCCAACCAGAUGUCCAUGGCGUGUUCUCCACCUCCCCACUCCUCGUCGCAGGGAUUCGGCUCGUUCUGGGCCCAGUCGCCCCCCAGCCACCAGCCGGUUUGGCUGCCCCCGUCCUCUCCCACUAGCCACCACACGCUCCAUCACCACCACCAUCACAUGCACCAGCCGCCCACGUGGCCGCCCGUCUCCCAGCCCGCCAACGGUCAGCAGACGCCCGUCAUUUCAGCCCUGCACGGCCAGAGAUGAGACUCAACGAUCCGGGAGCUGUCAGUUGGGGUGUCCAUACGCAGUUCAACGGGGGGGUGAGAAUGAAAAGACUUUGGGUGGCCACGGGGAAAAGACAUGGUACUCUUUCAGUCGGUUUCCUAAAAAGAUGGACAGGCGCACUUCUUGUUUUGUUCUUUUUAUCUUUUGUCGAUUUCGUUUCUGUACGAACAUGGGAAGAACCACUAUAAAAAAGAAAAUGAUGGAUGUUGAAGAGGUGGCAGAGCUUCAGAGAAACUUUGGAUUUUUUUCUUGUUUUCCAGCCACGGAGCACCUGUUGUGAGAGUUUGCUUGUGGAUGGAGGGAUCUCGUCUUGUUCUUUAGCGCUGUACUCGGACUCUCUCUACUCUGUAGCUUUGUGUCAGCACUCGCAAUAAAACCGCUGACCGAUAAGACUGAGUUACAUAUCGUGAUGAUCAUGAACCAAAACCAGGAGGAUGUUGUUGAUUGAAUUCUGAACCAUGAGGCCACUAUAUGAUAACGCAAAACAUCACAUUAUAUAUUUGUUGAAGAUGCAUAUGGCCUCAGGCGUAGCUCAGACACUAAGUUGAUUUUGAUUGAUAAAGUUUCAUUAUAAAUGGAGGAAAAAAGAGUUACCAUAAAGAGUUUGCAAUAAUUGUGGGAAGAAUUAAUUUUCGAGGACUCCAGGCAUCAGAACACUGUAUAUCAUGUUUGUUUAUCCAGUAAAUAAUAAUAAUGCAGAUUUGACUUUUUCUUUCAUUAAAAUCUAAAAUUCAGACUUUAUAGUGUAGUUUUUGUUUAAAUUUUGGGAAUAGCGAAUUGCAGGUUUUUUUUCAUCGGAAAGGGUCUGGUUUCCAGUUUAUAAAUAUAUAAACAUACUCAAAUCAUAUUUAAAUAGUCCUGUGAGCAAUAUUAGAGAAUAUAAGAUUUGUUCGAUUUAUGCAUAAAUCACAACUUAUGAUUCUAAACAAAAACAAACUAACGGGAUACCAUAAGUUCUCUAAAAAGCAGUCUUAUGCAAUUUUGCCUCCUGUAAAUGUUAUAUUAAAAUGUUUCGAUAUUUGACUGGAAAACGAAGAUUAUUUUCUAAUCCUCAGACUAAAAUACUAGUUCACUCUUGUAAAUACAUGAAGGGUCUAAUGUUUGGUGGUCGAGCUGGAUCCACAGAGUAAAGCUUAGCUCAGCUUCACCUACCUCAGCUCCGGCCGUGGCCUGAUUCUACCUCUCAGCGGCUGAAUGGGCUUUCUGUGUGAGCUGGAGCCAUAGAGGCCUCAAAUACCUCAUGGUCACUGCUGAACGUGACUCACGUCUGAAACCGAUCAGCCUUGACUCCGAUGUCUCUGUGGAAGAGGUCUGAUAUGGUGUCACUUCUUGGCAUCGUGUCUUACAGAUCGCUGUGAAGAGACUGACCCUAGACCUGAACGCCGAUAUGAACGUCGUAUUCUGAGACGAUGUUUUAUUAUUCUCUCGGUUCACUCAUUAAAGACAAUCCCCGCUGUUUAAAUGUAGUGUGGAUGUUAGUCAGGGUUUGACGCCAUAUUUCAUUUACAAUUAAGGCAAAUGAAAAUGAGGCUCGGAGAGAUAAAGGUUUAGCUCGCAGACCUUCAAUUCCAUAGAACUGAGUCUUGUUCACAAAAGCAAGCUAAUUUUACGUUCUUAAAGGGAUAGUUCACACAAAUACGAAAAUGACUCCAAACCUGUAUAAAUUUAUAAGUUUGGUUGAACACAAUGAAAUAUAUUUGGAUGAAUGUGAGCAACUGACAUUUCUGGGUUAUCAUUGACUACCAUAGUAGAAAAAUUAUUGUAUAAUUGUUUUGUUCUGCCGAGCACGAAUUGAGAUAUUUUGAAAAAUUUAGGAAAACAAACAGUUCUAGGCCACCUUUGACUACCAUUGUCAUUUUUCCUACUGUGGUUGUCAAUGGUGCCUCAGAAAUGUCUCCUUGUGUUUAACAGAACAAUGACAUUUAUACAGGUUUUCCAACUUGAGGUUGAGUAAUUCAUGACCAAAUUUUCAUUUUUGGGUGAACUAUCCCUUUAAAAUAAAUCGUUUCCUUGAUUUCAGUGCGACACAUUGUAUAGUAGGCUAUAUUAGAUGUGUUUACAUGACAAUUGUUAAGUUGCGUCCUAAAAAAAACUUCAGUCCCAAAAGAUUGUUGUAGACGUGAUUAUGGACAUUGAGACGGCAAAAUUCAUUUUGACCAAUUGCACGCGUAAUGAAUUAAUAUGUAAAUCGACUCUUUAACAUGUCAUUUACUCUGACUGAAAUCCAUUGAGGAAUGAUUUGAGCGUUUAAUCCUAAACGGCUACACGAUAAACCACCUGUUUUUGUUUUGGCCCGGAAUGCACUGGAAAUGUGAAAAGUAUGUUCAGUUUUAUGAAAUAUUACUACAGCGACAUUGCGGACAACUGUUUGGUCUUUCUUCUUAUCUGGUUUGCCAUGAAGGGCCUGUUCUUCAAAAAUCAUCGGGAGACCAUUUUCCGCUGUGAGGAUUUAGGUGUCGCACUCUACAGUGAGAGUCGAGAAUCUGCACUUUAUCAAAUCCCACGACGGCAGGUCAACGUCCGAUGUCAAACGUCUCGAGCUGCCGGCCCAGUGCCUUGAGGCAUGAAUGAUGUCAGUGUUAUUCAGCUGUUGCUCUGAAAGAAUAGCAGGACUUGGGCUGAAGUCUCAUGGCAACAGGAUUAAUACUCUCAAAUGUCAUUCUCUCAAGCGCUGACAGCCAGACUGUUUGAACAGUUGCAAUCUCGCUCUAGUCGUAGUGCCGAUGUGAUGUCAUUGACACAGACGUUUGGGUUCUUGGGGGACGGGUCUGUUUAGACUGCCUGUGAUAAACAACACAUACAGAGAGGCAGGAGGGCUGACCAGCUCCUUCAUCGAGAGUGAGAAAUAAUUUGCAAACUUUUUGUAUGGGAUUUUCCUCCUGUGCUUUCUGUUCUUUUCCCUUGUUGAGAUUUGUAUUUAUAUGUCUGACACAAAAGCUUUGAUCUGAAACUAUUUUGGAGGUCAUUGUGUUUUUAUUAUGGUCAUAAUAAACGAUUUAAUGACUA